AUGGGCAAACUAUCGGAAAACGUAGAUAAUGUUGUUGAAGCCUACGGAGAAGAGGAUAAAUCAGAUGACUCAGAAACUCCAGAAACGCCAGAAGAAAAAAAGAAGAGGAAAAUAGCUAAGAAGUUCGGAGAGGUGUAUAAAAAGGAAUUAGAAAGGGCUCAGAAAGUGGUUGAUAAGCAAUACAGUAAAUAUGUUAAAGGAAGAUUCGAAUCACUAGAUUUGAUGGAGUAUGCAACGGAACAGUUGAAGCGAUUCUGGUUCACUGGCCAGUGCAGGAGAAACUAUGAUCAAAAGUGUCCAAAAGGAUGGGUUGAAUAUAACGGCUCCUGUAAGGCACCGGGAGAUUACAGAGGCCUGUGUAACGACUUAAAGGAUUUUACGGGAAUGGGACCCGAGGAGAAGGAAAAUUUUGCAUGGAGGUGUGAAGCUGAAUGGCCAUGUAUAAACGGUAGUGAACAAAAUUUAAAAAUCAAAUUAACAGAAAAACCGAUUUUCGAGGGAGUUGAGUGUCCUUUCGAGUGGGCGCCAAUAUCGGAAACGCUGUGUCUAGCACCGAAGGAAAACACAACUUCCUCAGGUGAUCUCAGAUGGAGGCGAGCAUCAACGAAGAAGCUCAACUCGGAGAAAACGGCUGAGCAGUUUGAGCAAAAUAAAAUAAGUGGCAUCAUAGACGAUGGAAUAAUAAGAAUAAUUUAA